AUGUAUAGUCGAUGUUAUGAACAGUUGUCGUCUUCAUCUUCGGUUUAUUCUUCUUCUUCUGCUUCCGGUUGUGCUAUGAAUGUGCUGUCCGUAAUGAAAAUGUUGGCCAACAAUACUUCCUCCAAUGCAGCCGCCGAUGAUGACAACGAUUCACCAAUCAGUUUGUCUCAGUCUAGGUCUGUCUCAGCAGCAAAAGAUGCCGCAAACAAAACGAACAGUAGUUUUGGUUUUUCGGUUAAAGAUAUCUUAGAUUUGCCGACAAAUAAUACUAAUAAUAAUAAGACAAAAACAUGUAAAUUGGACACCAAUUACAGUGCCAGUGCCGCCAACAGCAACAACAUUAUCACUAGUUCUGCGGUGUCGUCUUCGGCCGCCAUCGAUAGCAACAACUGUCUGACUACGACAACGACGCCGACAGCCAACAUAUCAACAACAACAACGACAAUACCCGCCAUCGCCAGCGGCUUUCAUCAUCCACUCUAUGCUUAUAAUACCAGUAGUCUAUGUGAUAAUCCAUACGCUCAAUGUCUACUACCAUCAUAUGAUCAUCUAUUAUAUUAUCCAUCGACACAACUUAACCGUAACUCGUGUCCAACCACUGCCUACUCGGCGGCCGCCAACCCAUUGAUGUCGUGCCGAUUACCGGCAAACGAUUAUCAUCUGUUUGGCGCCUCAUUGCAACAACAGGUAUCAACUUCGGCAUUCAUAUCGUCGUUGACCAGCAAUCUGAUGGCAUCGGGACACAAACGCAAGCGCCGACACCGGACUAUAUUUACGGAACAACAGUUACAGCAAUUGGAAACAGCCUUUCAUAAGACACACUAUCCGGAUGUACUGCUCAGAGAGGAACUGGCGAUCGGUGUCGAUCUCAAAGAGGAAAGGGUCGAAGUAAGCAAUUUGUUUGUUUGUUUGUAA